AUGACCUCCACGAAACCAAUCAUCACGUUUUCGUGGCUGUUACGAUCUUAUAAGAGGCGCAGAUUUAAGUCUGAAUGGCUUGCAUUCGUAUUUAUCUGUCUUCUGACAAGCUGCUCGGCCAGAAACAAUCCACCACGUUUUCUCAUCGACGGCCAAACGGAAAUUAUUCUCAGGUUGAAGGAAGGCCCUGAGACACCAGUCGGCAGUUUAAUUUACAGGCUUCGUGGCGUCGAUCCUGACGGUGACAGCCUGACGUUCGGUGUUAGAGAUCAACCUGGCAGCGACGUGAUUCGGGUCGAGAAAUUCAGUUCAAACGAGGCCAAUAUUUACCUGAACAAAUUGCUGGACAGAGAGGCCAGGGACGAGUACGCGUUGGUAUUGACUUUGACGGACGGAAGGCUCGGCGAGGGAAAUUUCCUCACGCAAAGUUUAUUGCUGCUGGUAGAAGAUGUUAACGACAACGUGCCAAUCUUUCGAUCACAUCCAACGUCUUUGACAAUACGAGAAGAUUCUGGGCCGGGUAUUUUGACAACGGUCGAGGCAAAUGAUGCGGAUUUGGGAGUACACGGACAGGUAGUUUAUUACCUGCAGGAACUGGACGGGGACAAUGACGUGUUCAGCAUCGCGACUGUCAAUGGAAAAGGUGUCAUCCGUCUCGUCGGUCGUUUGGAUUAUGAAAGGAAAUAUUUGUACCAGUUGAGAAUUUUAGCGAUCGAUCGAGCAAUAAACGAAAAGGUAAAUACAGGAACAACCGCGAUACUCGUUAAGGUUCAAGACGUCGAGGAUCAACCGCCUGAAUUCAUAACCAUGACGCCUGUUGCCAGGAUCAGUGAAAAUGCCCGGAUAGGCACGUCCGUUCUACAAGUACGAGCGGUAGACGGCGACAAGGGAGUAAACAAUAAAGUGACUUACAGCAUCACCCGAGGGCCGAGAUACUUAUUCGAUAUAGACGCGACUUCCGGUCUGGUGUUCACCAGGGCGCAACUUGAUAGAGAAGCGGAAGAAAAUGCGGAAGGCGCCUUUGUCUUGGAAAUCACCGUGAAGGAAGUGUCGAAAAUAAUACCUGCGCCGUCGGUCUCCACCGAAGUUACUAUCAUUCUUACGGACGUUAACGAUGAGACUCCGAAGUUCCGAAGUACGCGAUACCGUGCUGAGAUAAAUGAAAAUGCACCGCACAAUACACCGGUUAAUUUCAUCGGAGAUGCGAUACCGGAAGUUUACGAUCACGACUUGGGAUCAAAUGGUACUUUUAGAAUAUUCAUCGAAGGUGACGACGGAAUGUUCGACGUGACGCCAUUUAGAGGAAUCAACGAAGCUCCUUUUCUGAUACGCGUCAAGAAUUCUAGCAAAUUGGAUUUUGAAACGAAAAAAGAGAUAAAUUUUACGUUAAUCGCCAAGGAAGUAGUAUCAGUAGCGCCAAAAUACAGCAUGGUUCCAGUGACUGUAUUCAUAAAAGAUCAAAACGACAAUUACCCGGAAUUCACCGAAAACUCGUACGAGGUAUCGAUUCCAGAAAAUUGCGCUGCAGGAACCACAGUGGCAUGGGUUCAAGCAUUAGACGAGGAUAGUGGCAAUUUUGGAACUCGUGGAAUCAGAUACACGUAUUUGGGAGGCAGUAUUGCCCAUGCACUAUCAAUGGAUCCUUUGACUGGUGUGAUCACGGUUAAAAUAGCGGGUUUGAGUUUUGAUCGAGAACUAGUGGCUCGACAUUAUUUAACUAUCGAGGCAAGAGACGAUCUGGGCAAAGGUAAUCAAAAUACGGUCCAAUUAAUUGUGAAUAUUAAUGACGUCAACGAUAACGCCCCCGUGUUUCUGCAAAACAAAUACGAGGCUGUGCUUUUGGAAAACGAAGAUCAUUUCGAAUCGCCAUUGAUCGUCGAAGCCUUUGACAUCGAUUUAAAUGGUACUAAGAACAGCGAAGUGAUCUAUGCUAUAGUUGCGGGUGAAUUUUCGCGGAACUUUAGCAUCGAUCCAAAGCGAGGUAUAAUCAUUCCAACGACACCUUUGGAUUAUGAAGCAUUGCCUAUAAGUCAAGGGCACAAAGAGACAUCGGUGCGUCCGCUGAGACUGACAGUACGAGCCAGAGACGCGGGCACACCGAGUUUGAGCUCCAACGCACCAUUAAUAAUUUAUUUAAAGGAUAUUAACGAUAAUGCACCUGCCUUUGAGAGAACAUUAUACAAAAGAAGCAUUCCUGAAGACUUGGCUGGUGGUACCAGCAUAGUUCAGGUUAAAGCUUGGGACAAAGAUCUAUCAUCGCCAAACAACAAACUAGUUUACAGAAUUCAAAGCGGUGCAGGCGACAAGUUCGUCAUUAGUCCGGAGACAGGCGUGAUUAGGGUUGCUCCUGGCUCUAAUUUAGAUCCGGAUCUCACUUCACCAAAAACUACGAGAUACAGUUUGAAUGUUCUCGCGAUAGACAGUGGAACAGAAAUUCAAAGAACGGCUGAAGUUCUUGUCAAUAUCACCAUUGUAGACGUUAAUAAUAAACCACCGAUUUUCAUUGAACCCGGUACAGUUACUAUUCGCGAAAACACUCAGGUUGGAGCGUAUGUACACCGUGUUAUUGCCAAUGAUCCAGACAUAGCACCGAUUCUGCGAUAUCGCAUCGAUCCGAACUCAUCCGAGGCAAGGAACGAAGAAGGAACGCUAAUUAAAAUUCAAGAAUACGAUUAUUUGUCCGCGUUAGAAUUAAACGCACUCGAUGGCUUGCUACGAGUAGUCAAACUGAUUGACAGAGAAAGAGUGGAAACGAUACGAUUGGGUCUUGUCGUCGAAGAUUUGGCGGCAAUUAAAGGUGUACAAACUGCAUUCGCUAUGCUGAACAUCAUAAUCGAGGAUGAAAAUGAUAACAAUCCGAGGUUCAGAAGGCCAUUUUAUAGACGGUCAGUGACGGAGAACAGUAAAAAUGGUGUUAAUAUUGCCAACAUUGUGGCUGACGACGCCGAUAAAAAUCGUAGCAUUACGUAUUCUUUAGAGAGUCCAAAGGAAUUGGCAGAUUUAGUACAUCUUGAUUCUGAAACUGGGGAAAUGGUUGUCGCAAAUAAAAUUGAUCGGGAGCAAUAUUCCUGGCUUAAUCUAACCGUCAGAGCCACUGAUUCAGGAAUACCGCCAAGAUCAAGUCUCUCAGACGUAUAUGUCCAAGUAUUGGAUGAAAAUGACAACAAUCCAUAUUUUGUGACCGAUAUCACUAAUUUAACUGUCAUGGAAAAUGCUAAGAUUGGCACAGAGAUUGCUGUUAUUCAAGCUAAAGAUCCUGAUAGUGGUGAUUAUGGAAAAAUCACGUAUUUACUGGAUAGAAUGUCAUCUCAAGGAACUUUCGCUAUUCAUCCUGAAUGUGGUGCUCUAACUGUAGCUGAUUCUAUCGAUUGGGAAACUAAACAAAAUUAUAUUCUAGUCAUAGAGGCGUGGGAUAACUAUCAGUUCGGUUACACAGCUGGAGAAUCGAGAAACGCCUUCAAACAAAUCCAAGUCACAGUAACAGAUGUUAAUGACAAUCCACCGAAAAUGGACAUACCUGCAACAUGCAUCACUAUAUCGGAGUUCCAUGACGUCAAAGACUUAAUUUUUGUAAUUAAAGCAAAAGACGUCGACGAUCCAACGACUCCCAAUGGUCGCGUGAAGAUUAGAAUCCUUUCUGGAAACGAACUAGGUUUAUUCAUCCUAGAGCAGAAAGAUUAUUGGACCGCGAAUCUAAAAGCGGUUCACUCGCUUCGAGGGAAAUUCGGAAAUUAUUCAUUGCCUUUGGAAGUACGAGAUCUCGGUAGUCCCGCUAACAAAGACACGUCAGUUCUAAAUAUUUGCGUCACAGAUUACAACGACAAUCCACCAAUGUUUAUUAGUCCGCAACAUAACACAACGAUCCGGGUACCAGAGAACGUAACAGUUGGGACGCAAAUUAUUCAAAUUGAAGCCCAUGAUGCUGACACUGGUCCAAACGGUGACGUUCAUUACCGCCUGAAGCAAGAUUUGGCUGGCCAUUGGAGAACUUUUCACAUCGACGAUAGAACCGGAAUUAUUUCAUUGAAACUUCCACUGGAUAGGGAAAUUCAAAAAUUAUACGAGAUCAGAGUGGAAGCAUACGAUCUAGGUACUCCGACCCCUCUAAGUUCGGAUCUAGAUCUAAUAAUUUACGUUCGGAACAUCAACGACUACGAGCCACAAUUUUUGGUGGAUAUUUUCAACACUAACUUCACGGAAGAACAACUUCCCGGAUCGGAAAUGGUUUUACUUCCGCAGACUGUGGAUAGAGACGAAGUCGACGAUCUCGACGAUCCCCCUGCACAAGUCUGUUACUUUAUAGUCAGCGGAAACGAAGAUGGAUUAUUCGCCCUCGAUAUUUUCAAACACGAAUUGAGCACCGCCAAAUUUUUGGAUAGAGAACAACAGCAGCAACACUUGUUAAUUAUAAAAGCGACGGAAGACUGCAAUACAAUUCCAGCGAACGAGAGUUUUUACGACGAAACUGCCGACGAUACUACUUUAAAAGUCAUUAUAGACAUAAUCGAUGUAAACGAUAAUCCACCGAAGUUUGUUAGUAAAAUAUUCACGGGAGGCGUUACUACAGAAGCUGACUUUGGCACGCAGUUUAUGCACGUACAGGCAAUCGAUCUAGAUGCAGGCGAGAACGCAGUAAUUAAUUAUUACCAAAUUGGCAAAAUGCACAUGACUUUAACUGAGGGACUGGACGAUAUUCAAUUACAACCUUUUCUCGUUAACAAACUCACUGGAGUAGUGAGCCUAAAUUUUGAUCCCCAAAGAGGAAUGAAAGGAUACUUUGACUUUAUGGUCAUAGCCAACGAUACGCACGGUUUGCAAGAUUCUGCAAGGGUAUUUAUAUAUUUAUUACGAGAGGACCAAAGAGUUCGUUUCGUGCUGCGACAGCAUCCACCGGAAAUUCGGAAUCGAAUAGAAACGUUCAGAGAGACACUGGGCAACGUGACCGGCGCGAUAGUCAAUAUCGACGAAUACAAAACCCACGAGAAUCACGACGGUUCGGUCGAUCGGACGAAAACGGACUUGUACUUGCAUCUAGUAAAUCGCCGUGACAACUCCAUCCUCGAAGUGUCCGAGGUUCUCGAAUUAGUCGACAGAAAUAUUGAGAAGCUCGAUAGUUUGUUCAAGGAAUUCAACGUUCUCGACACGCAAGCGGCACAGUAUCAGCCAAUUGUUCAGUACGAGCAAGCAGGGACGACUUUUUGGCUACUGACUUUGACCCUGUUUCUGGGAGCUUUGCUAAUUUUGUGCAUAGCGUUGUGCCUUUCGCAAAGGGCCUCGUUUCGAAGGCAGCUGAAAGCAGCGAACGCCUCUCCUUUCGGUACUUCGGAUGCAGAAUUUAUUAGAGGACCAGGACGCGUUCCUAACACGAAUAAACAUAGUGUGGAAGGUUCUAAUCCAAUAUGGAUGCAUGCUUACGAGAAUGAGUGGUUCAAAAGCGACGAAUCCGUGAGUCACACGUCCGAGAGGGAUUCUCUCGAUGAGAAUGCACUGAACAACGAAGAAUUGAUGAACGAAGUAAACACAAACCAAAGACAUGAAGAUAAACCAUAUUAUAUCGAGCCAAGAGUCUCAUCCAUUUCAAGCUUAGAAAGCCUCGCGAACAUUGCAAACAUUCCAAACAACUUCCAUCGAAACUCGUCGCUACAUCGAACACACAACACGAUUGUCAAUCCUUUAGGCAAGAAAAUCGAAACGACAGAACUGUAAUCGAACAAGGAUGGGCAACACUUCCGACAAAUACAUUUCUUUAAGUGCUAAUAUCCGUACACUCGUAAGAGAACUGUAAAUUUAGAAGUGAUCGUGUAAAUAGUCACACAUCGUACAAACGAUAGAAAUAUUUAAUAUUUAUUUUAUAAUAAAUUUAAAUAUCAUUAAAUAUUAUAUACUAUCAGAAUUUUAUUAUCUAUAACUCAUGCUCUACAUCGAAUAUGAAAUAA